CGCCGCUAUGAACGAGGCGGUGGUGCGGCGGACGCAGGAUUCCUUGGGGCGAGUGAUCCGCAAGCCGCCGCUGACGGACCGGCUGCUGAGUAAGCCGCCCUUCCGCUACCUGCACGACGUGAUCACCGAGGUAAUUAGAGUGACAGGUUUUAUGAAAGGACUUUACACGGAUUUUGAAUUGAAAUCAGAUAACGUUAAGGAUAAAGAUGCCAAAAUCAGCUUCCUUCAGAAGGCAAUUGACGCUGUUGUAAUGGUAACAGGAGAGCCCCUGUCAGUAAAACCAGCGCGUGUUGUGGCUGGACACGAACCUGAAAAAACGAAUGAAUUUCUUCAAGCAAUUGGGAAGUGUUGCUUAAAUAAGCUGUCCAGUGAUGUUGCUGUAAAAAGGAUCUUAGCUGGGGAAAGAGCUGAUGCUAAAGGGAAACCUCCGUCGUCUAAAUCUCGAGAUAAAGAAAGCAGAGAAUCCAAACCAGAAGAACAAAAAAGCCAUAAAGAGGGUAGAGGAGACACUGAAAUUAAAGACAGAAGCUCAAGCAGAGACAGAAAACCCAAAGGAGAUUUGAAAGAGAGUGAAGAAAGAGAAAAGGAAAGCCAUAAGCAGAAGGAUAAUGAAGACAGGCACAAAGACCCUGAAAGAGACACCUUUAAGGAAGGAGAAAAACAAGACAGGGAAAGAAACAAAAGCAGAACAACCAAGCAAGGAAGAGAAACAGAAAAAAACAAGGGAAAAGGAGACAUAGAACGAGAAGAUGAUCUCGAGCAUGAUAAAGGGCAGGAAAGAGAGAAAAAAAAUGAAGGAGGAAGGAAAAGGACAGACUGAAAGGAAGAGAAAGAUAAGGCUAGGGACAGAGAACGAGAGAAAGACAGAGAUAGAGGAAAAGAUCGGGAAAGGGACAGACAAAGGGACAGAGAAAAAGAUGGGGAGCAUUUAAGAGAACAUGGAAAGGAUAAAGCAGAGAAAAAGUCUGCAGAUUCUGAGGAAUCCACGCUUAGAAAAAUGCAGAGGCCAACUAAAGACAGCAAGUGCCAGCCAGAUAAUGAGAGUGAAAGUCCUGCAGGAAUAUCAAGGCAGCCUUCAACAAAAGGAUCAAGGCAACGCGCCAAACCCGGAGGAGAAGGAACUGUGGAAAUGAAGAGCGUGGCAGAUAGAAUUUCAGAGGACAGUGUUGCUAAACUGCAAGAGAAAGCUGAACCAGGACUUGCAGUAAAACAGAAAGAAGGAGAAAUGGAGAAUGUGGCUCCUGAAAAGCCUGCAGUAUCUGAAAACGGUGAAGUACCGAAUGAUCUUCCACCUCAGCCCAUCCAAAGACGUAUUCCCCGUCCUAGCAGUGCGAGACCAGCACCGCCCCGAGUAAAACGUCAAGAAAGCGCAGAGGUCUUACUUCCAGAAAGGAGUGGUAGUGCUAAAACAGUCUCAAACGUGAUCAUAGACCAGCAGAUUUCUGAUGACGAUGACGACCAGUUUGUGGUGGAGGCAGCACUGCCGCUGCCAGAAAUGCCAGAUCUGGAAAUGGUCUGUUCAUUGGAGCCGGUUGAGGAUCAAAAACAUGGUGGGCUUGUAAAAAGAAUCCUAGAAACAAAGAAAGAUUAUGAGGCAUCACAGAAAUCAUCAAAGACGACAGAGAGGAAGCCCUUUGUAUCGGAAGCAGCUAGGAAGAAAGAGAGAGACUUGGUAGCCAAAGAAAUUGAGAAGUUUCAGGUCUCUAUUCAGACUCUGUGCCGGAGUGCCCUUACGCUUGGCAGGAUCAUGGAUUACAUUCAAGAAGACAUGGAUGCCAUGAAGAACGAAUUGCAGAUGUGGCGGCACGAGAACAGACAGCAUGCAGAAGCUCUGCAGAAAGAGCAAAGCAUCACAGACAGUGCUGUAGAACCAUUAAAAGCUGAUCUGGCUGAACUGGAACAGUUGAUUAAAGACCAGCAAGACAAGAACUGUGCCGUAAAAGCUAAUAUUUUAAAGAACGAAGAAAAAAUCCGGAGGAUGGUUCUUAGCAUAAACCUGUCUUCAAGAAGGUGAAAAAAAAAAAAAAAAGCCUUGGGACUGACUGACAUUCCUACCAAAUAAAAACAAAAUAGCGGAGAAAACUAAGAUAUGCCUUGUUUAGCUAUAAAAUGUUUAGGGACCAGAAGUCUAAAAAUUAUAUAAAAUCCCAUUAUUGCAUUGAUCUUUAGAUGUUGAUAUUACCCAGGAUAAAAAUUAUAUUCAUUUGAAUGCUCAA